AUGAAUUUUACAUAUUAAAAUUUUGUUCAUGUACUUUCAAUCUAAACAAAAACAAAAAUCGGAGUCAUUAAAAUGCUUAUGACAAUUGAGUUUGUUUAAAAUGUUGCAUUGUGUUUUCCAAAACAUGGGUGGCAGUAACUCAAAUAUGAAGAUAAGAUGUUAAGCAGCAUCCAAUAAUUAACUAAUUAUUUACUUUUUUUAAAUAGAAAUACUACUGAAUACUUAUUUGAAGUUUUCAUUAUCUCGCUUUCAUUAAUCUAUUUUAUAUUGCUAAUCUUAUACUUUCAUUUCCCAAAAUCACAAAAAGUUUCUUAAUUAAUUACCAUAACUUUAAAUAUUUUCUAAAAGAUUUUUAGAAUUCCACUUAUUGUUAUUUACAUAGAAUUUAUGAAUCAUCACUCAAAUAGCUUUUUGGAAAUUACUAUAACUCUUUUGAUUUUUGUUGUAUUUUUGAUAUUUUUAAUUGCAACUACAUAUUUUUAAAGAGAUAUAGCAAUCAAUUUUAGUAAGAUUUAUUUCCCUCUUAAUCAAUUUUAUACACCAUAUUUAUAGGUAAUAUAUAUCUUAGAUUUAAUAAGAAUUCUUAUAUUUGUAAUCAUGAAUACAUAAACUGGGUUAAUCAUAUUUUAUAUACUGACUAUAAUCACUAAAAUUAUCGCUCAAUAUCAUAAUAUUUUAUAAUAAAAUGAUCCAGAAAACUUUAAUUAAGGUCUAAUAUUUUGCAAUUUAAUCAUUUCAGUUUUUCUAUUAUUAGGAUUAAGUAAUAAAAUCAAUGAAAAUUUAAUUUUUAAUUUAUUACUUUACUCAAUGACAUUAGUGUUCUAUUUAUCAAUUCAAAUUGAUUUAUUUUAAUUUAUUAAAUCAAAUAAUAUAGUUCAUGUUAUAGAGAAUAAGCUUUAAUUAAAUUUUAAUCAAUUUUUUUUAAAAUAAGUUGUUUAAUUAAAAUCAGAUAAUGCGGUAUAUAUUAAUUUUAUUAAAUAAAUAAUUCAAAAUGAAAUACAAUAAAAUCAUUAUUUAUAGAAUGAGACUAAUGCUUUAAUUUUGUUUGAUUAUUUAACAAAAAAUUAGUAAAGUUACUUUUAAGCAUUGUUUAUCCUUAAUAAAUUUGAGUGCUAAUAAAUGAAAUUAUCUUUUUUUUAUAAGAUUUAUAGUCAAUUAUUUAAAAAUUCUAUUUAGAAUGAAAUAAUGAGAGUGAAUAAAUCUACUUUAAUGAUAUAAUAAUUAAAUAGAGAUCUCUUGAUUGAAAUAGAAUAUUAAAAGAGAUUUUCUGACAUUCUUAACAAAUAAAUAAAUCUUUAUAAUAAUUUAAUCUAAGGUAGUAAAGGUUUUGCUGAAACAGAAAAUAAAAUCAUAUAAGUUUCAUAAUCAAUUUUAAAUACUGAGAAAUGGCUUAUUAAAAAUAAAAUUCAAAAUAAUCAUACAAAUAUCAUUUAUUUAAAAAUCUAAAUUAGUUUUAGUUCUAUAAUUAUGUAAAAUUAUGUACAAGUAUUUAAAUUAUUAAAUUUAGGCAUUAAAAUUAAAAAAAAUAAUUAAAAAGAUAUUAGAAAAUGAUCAUAAAACAUUAGAAGCCCUAUAGAUAAUGAAAAGUAAAGCAUUUGUGAUUACAGUAAGUAUGAUUAAAUAGAAAGGUAUAAUUUUGAAUGUUAAUAAAUCUAUGCUCUAAUUCUUUGGAUAUAAUAAGGACUUUAAAUUAGAGAUUUUGGAAUAAUUAAUGCCUGAAGCAAUAUAACCAUUUCAUAGUUAAUUUAUAGAAAGAUUCCUUUAAAGAAAUUCAUUGAAAAACCAUUAUCUUUAAAAUUCACUUGAAGUUCUUUAGCAAUAAGAAAAUGGAAAAAUUUAAUGUUUAGAAAUUAAUUUUACUAUUAGUAAUGAUAAGUCAGAUUUUAGCUUAAUUUCUCUACUAAAAAAAGUUAAUUAAGAUAAAGGAUAUAUAUUAUUUGAUUCUUCAGGAAAAAUUACUGGUAUGAAUGAUUACUUAGAAUAAUUUAAUGGAUUAUAUUCUUAAAUGAAGCAAUAUAAUUAUAUUUAAUAUUUCUCAACUGAUUUGUUUUAUAUUAUUCAAAAUAAUGAAUAUCUAAAUGAAAAAGAAAUAACUUUUAUUUAAAGGUUGAAUAUUUAUAAAAUUGAUAAACAAUAUCAAAAUUUUAUAUAAUCCUAGGUCAAAUUCAAUAACUAAAAUAAUACACCUAAUUUAGAUUAUAUAAUUGUUUCAGAUAGAUCAGAUUAAUAUUAAUUAUUAAGUUAGAAGAUUAAUUAUUCAAAUCAUGAUACAUUUUAAUUUGAUUUUUUGGAUCCUUAAUUAUAAGAAAAAUUAAUUUAAAUUAUUAAUUUGAAUAUAGUAAUAUAUUGAUUAUUAAUUUCUAGACAGAAAAUGAUGUGGCAUUGAAAUGUAAGGUAAAACUAUCAAAAAUAGAAUUAAAAGGGAAUAUAAUAUAGUAUUAAUUAGAAUUGAUACCAUUAGAAGCAAAAUUAGAAAAUGAGGAAGUUGAGAAUAAUAAUGAUGAAAUACUUUAAUUAGAAAAUAUUAAAGCCAAAUCAUAAAAUGAUGUUAGUAUUGUUGGUUCAGAAUAAAAAGGAUAGUAUAUUUUACAUGAUAUAUUACUUAAAUAAUCCAGCAGUUAACCAUUCAUCUCUAUUUACUUUUAUAAAAUAAUAUUAGUAAUUUAAGUAGUUUUAUUUAUGAUAAUUCAAAUUAAUUAAAUAGAUAUUGAUUUUAAUACAAAUUUAAAAUACUCUUAAUAUAUAAAGGCACCUUUGUAAAUUAAUCAAUUUUAUAACAAAGCUUUUAAUUUUGGAUUUAACCAGAUAAUAUAUCAAAAGUUAAAUUAAUCGGAGUAUUUAAAUAAUUCCUUUUCUCAAGAUAAAUAAAUUAAUUUAUAAAUACUUCGAUCUAAUUUUGGAAAACUAUAUUCUGAUUUAGUGAAUAUUGAUUAGAAUUAUAAUUAACCUUAAUAUAACAUAACAUUAUUGAAAAAUUAAAUAACUUUUAAUAAUUAGGCCUCUUUUUCAAUUAUAUUGAGAGAAAAUACAAUAGCCUUAUUAUCAUAUUCAAAAGAAACACUAGAAUAUUAAAAAUCAUUGUUAUUUUUUAGAGUAAAUAUAAUAUAAGCAUAUGAGAAUACUAUUUAUUUAAUUGAUGAAUUUACAUCCAUUUUAAAUGAUUAUUCUACAAAUAUAUUGGUAUUUUGGUAAACUAUUUUAAUUAUAUAAAUAAUUUUAUUUAUUGUACCUUUAAUUAUCAAUAUAAGAAAUUGGUAUAAAUUUGAAAAAAGACAUAAAUAUUUAGUAUAAAUAAUAUCAAGGAUUAGUGAAGAUUAAGCAUCUAAAUUAGUAGAGAUAAAAUAAUAAUAAAUAUCAUAUUCAGAAACAGAAAAAUAAUAAAUUAAUGUGAAUCAUUCUUAUUAUACUUGUAAAUCUCCUUUAAGAUUAAUGCAAUCUACUAAAUAUUAAUCUUACUAAAACCUUCGUUAGAGAGAUACAUAGUUAUUAUAUGAGAAAAUAUAAAAUAAAUCAUUUAGUAUUACAAUGAAGUUAGGAGUUGCUUUAUUUUUUUAUAUAGCAUUAGUUGCAUUUGUAUCUUUUGGUUAUUUUUAAAUAGAAAAUAGUGAAUCUCACCAUAGGCCAAUAGAAAAUUUAAUCAAAACAUAUGUUAAAUUUGAAGUUCAACUUGGUUAUUUGUUAUCUUUUGCUGCCAUUUUAAAAGGGCAACAUAUAUAUGAAGAAUAAUUAGGUAAAAUUAAUGAUCCUGAGAUUGGAGAUUUUAGAAAUUACUUUUAAGAUGAUAAAGUUCCAAAAUACUUUUAAAAUAUAUCUUAAAGUUAUUAAAAAAAAAUAAUAUCUAUAUUUUCAUCAAUAAUAUUAAGUGAUUAUAUUGAUGAAAAUGAUAAGUCAGAAUUAUAUGAUCUUUAUAAAGGUGAUUUCUGUGAUUAUUUAUAAGAUAUAUUACCAUUUUGCAAUAUUACUAUCCCUUUGAAUCAAUUUGAUAUGAUUUAUGGUUGGUUUUAUCCUUAUGAGAAUAAUUCAGAAAUUCUAAGAAAAGGUAUAAUUGGUUUUAUUAGUAAUUUGGAUUCAUUAUUUAAAAAUGAUUUUGAGAUAGAAAUUUCAUAAGGAAUAUAUUAAUUGAAUAUCUCAAAUGAUAUUUAUUAUUAUAAGGAAUAUAACAAUCUUGUAAUUUAAUAUUUUUUUAAUAUUUCAUAAGGAUUUGAAUUAUUUUAUGAUAAGAUUGAUAUAAUAUCAUAAAAUCUUAUAAUAGAAAAGAAAUAGAAUAUAUUAGUAUACUUUUAUACAUUUGGUUUAACAUUUUUGCUUGUAUAUAUUAUCAUUACAGUAAUACAAAUAAUUUAUGCACAAAGAAGAUACAAAAAUUGUAUUUUAGGACUUGUUACUUUAACUGAGGAUUUAUUAAAUGAUAAAACUAACCUUAGUUUAUUGAAGAAAUUAAGUAAAUGA